AGUUCAGAACUACUUGAGUGGAACAAAACCGAAAAUUUUGGUCCGUCCAUCUUCAAGUGGUCUUUGUGCGUGUUGAAGCUUCGGAGCAUACUUAGCUUAAUUUAGCUUGCGAACACAGUGCACGUGGUUCGACGCUUGAACAUCAAGUUGGAGCCUUCUGAAGUGUGCAAAAUGCGCGCAAGAACGACGCCAGCCGCAAAGUUCGAGGCGGAACUUUGUCAUCAACGCUCGACUUCUUGCAAAAUGCAAGUAAAAGUUGUGCCUUGCACACUACCAGACUACCUGACACGGAAUGAAGACAAGACCCAUCGAGAUUACAAGAUUGAUCAAUAUGUCAGCCAAGCCCAUCGUCCUGAGCACCAAGAGCCUGCAUGUAUCAAGGAGGAGGAAGAGUCCGGACCCAUCCAAGGUUUCAGCAAAUAUCUUGGUCCUGACGCUCAACAGCUACAGAGAGAAGUACAACUUCCAAUCAAAAAGGAGGAGGUAGAGCUGCCAUACGUUAAAGAGGAGGACAAUAUCACCAUGUCGACUGGUGAGCCCUUGAAAUAUGAGGAUGGUCCGAGUGAGGUCAGCAGAGCGACACAGCCUCUAGGCAGCAGCUCAACAGAUGGAUCGCAAGCACAUAUUUUCAUCGCACCAUUAGAUAGAAAUGGCGCCCUGUCACACUCACCUUACAAAGACGAUGGUCAUAAGAAAUCUCACCGUUGGAAAACCUUUGCUAGAAACUAUACUUGUCGAAUGCAUAUGAGGAGCCACACUGGUGAAAAUCCUCUUGUCUGCUCAGUUUGUGGUCUAAAAUUCACUCGGAAGAGCAACUUAGACAGACACACAAGAACCCAUACUGGUGAAAAACCUUUUUCCUGCCCAGUUUGUGGUCAAAGAUUCGCUCAUAAGCACCAUUUAGACAGACACACAAGAACCCACACUGGUGAAAAACCUUUUUCCUGCUCAGUUUGUGGAAAAAGAUUCACUCAGAAGAGCACCUUAGACAGACACACAAAAACCCACACUGGUGAAAAACCUUUUUCCUGCUCAGUUUGUGGUCAAGGAUUCAGUCACAAGAGUGCCUUAAAAUUACACACAAGAACCCACACUGGUGAAAAAGCUUUUUCCUGCUCAGUUUGUGGUCAAGGAUUCAGUCGUAAGAGUGUCUUAAAAGUACACACAAGAACCCACACUGGUGAAAAACCUUUUUCCUGCUCAGUUUGUGGUCAAGGAUUCAGACAUAAGAGUGCCUUAAAAGUACACACAAGAACCCACACUGGUGAAAAACCUUUUUCCUGUUCAGUUUGUCGAAAAAGAUUCGCUCACAAGAGCACCUUAAACACACACACAAGAACCCACACUGGUGAACAACCUUUUUCCUGCUCAGUUUGUGGUCAAGGAUUCAGUCAUAAGAGCACCUUAAACACACACACACAAGAACCCACACUGGUGAAAAACCUUUUUCCUGCUCAGUUUGUGGUCAAGGAUUCAGUCAUAAGAGUACCUUAAAAGUACACACAAGAACCCACACUGGCAAAAAACCUUUUUCCUUUUCAGUUUGUGGUUAAGGAUUCACUCAAAUGCAACACUUAAAAGUACACACAAUAACCCACACUGAUGAAAGGGUCCCUUUUUUAGGACACCAUAACUUUCAUGUCCAAACUGUUGUUUUGUUCAACCAGUUAUCAUCAACAUUUUGGACCUAAAAAGACAAACAGUUUUUGUCAAAAUUUGUAAUAUUGAUGUCCCAUUGACAACCCAAUAUGCUCGACGAAACAUUUUUAAGCGUGAUAUUUAUUCAACUUGUUUGGAUAAACAUUCAACAGAAAAAAUGAGAAUGAAUAAUUUUAUAAUUAAUAAUCCAACAAAAAAAAGCAGGUAUGGUCAAAGGCAAGAGUGCAAAAUAGUGACUAUAUAUAUAAAAAUAUCAUACACAGGAUGUAAUACAUUAUAUCCGUAUUUAUGUAUAAACUACAAUAUAAAAUGUGUUAGAUACUUUGCCUUUCACUGUGAAAAACAGGCCAUAAAAUGAAAACUAUAUUCAUUUUUUAGUCUUUGAUUCCUCAGAAGCCUUGGUAGAACUGCCUGUGGCAGUUCCUCCUCUGCCUCUUGCCGGAACUCCCUGACAUGACGAUCGCCAUGGAGCCA